AUGGGUCUUCUUACAAUCAUUAGGAAAAAUCGUCAAAAAGAAAAGGAAAUGCGUCUACUUUUUCUUGGACUCGAUAAUGCGGGGAAGACCACCAUCUUGAAAAAGCUCAACGGAGAGGAUAUUAGCAGCAUAAGUCCCACGUUGGGUUUCAAUAUCAAGACAUUUGUCCAUGGAAAGUUCUUAUACUUUGAAUAUCUGUGGGUUUACACGUUUCCUUUGGGUACUCCGCCACUGACAGCGAAAUUUAUACUUCUAGGGGACGUUGGUGGACAACGGACUCUUCGGCCUUAUUGGCGUAAUUAUUUCGAGCAAACGGACGCAUUGGUGUGGGUGGUAGAUUCAGGCGACAGAACUCGCAUGCAAGAUUGUAAGGAUGAAUUGCAUAGUCUGCUAACCGAAGAUCGUUUAGCCGGCGCCUCUCUGCUCGUAUUUGCCAACAAACAGGAUUUGCAAGGUUCCAUGACCGAUGCUGAAAUCCGCGACGUAUUGGAUUUAACUUCCAUUACAACACAUCGUUGGAGAAUUUGGCCUUGCAGUGCUGUAACUGGGGCUAACCUCGUGUCUGGAUUAGACUGGGUUGUGAAUGACGUGGCCGGAAGGCUAUACUACAGUACAAAAAAUCCGGAAGUUCAAAGGAAAACAGACUCAGCCGUGAGUCUUAAAUGA